GGGUCACGUGAUGUUGCAUUAGCUCGCUGACUCUGCUAUGUUUGUCGUUUGUGCUAACGUUUUGGAAAUGCCAACUUUUUCGCUUUUGUGGGUUGAUUACGGCGGAGGGACGCCCCGCGGCUGCUCGGAGACCCGUUUUCACCGACACCGUCCGAGGAGUUUGACUGCGAAAACGGGCCUUCGCGUCACGUGACCAGCAUGCGGCUGAGCGUUUGAUAAAAAAAGAUGGCGUGAGCUCGGCAGAGCGAAGAGGACAACAAACUGCCGCCGACCAGGAGCCGAGAGUGGCCGUUGAACUGUCAAAUGGAUCCUGGACAGGAUUUACUCCUCGCCGCCCUGAGUGAGAGUGGCAUUUGCCCAAAUGAUAUUGGCCUAUUUGAUGUUGAUUCUCAGGAUGUUGCACAGCCCUCUACAACCCAGCAAUCUAUCUCCAUCAGUGCCCUGGAUGUCGGUGUGGGGACAGAGUCAGUGGAAGUCGUUCGACCUGAGCCUCCAGCUCCAGUCCCUAUCGUUACUAUCAGGCACAAACCUCAGCCAUCAACCACCACGUUUGUCUUAAAUCAGCUGAAUCAGUUGCCGUCACUUGGAGCUGCUGUGACCAAACAAUCAGUAACGAACCCGAUCAAACACACCAUAACUGUCACCAAAGUGGUCCAUGUUGCUAAUUCAGCCCUGCGAGGAUCUUCGACACCCUCCUCCACAAGUAUUCCUCCUUCAGUGUCCACAGUAGUGCCUUCUAACAGAGAUCAGCAGAUUCAGUUGAAAGACCUCCUUCGGACCAGCAAUGUGAAGACGACUGGUUUGAAGGGCAACAGUCUGAUGGAGCUCAUGAAGCUAAAGCCUCCACCUAACAUCGCACCACCAGUAGCAACAGCAACAGCCACAGGUGAAAUAAACAAUGGGAUCAAGAAGGAAGUUUUGGGCAAAGAUGCCGCCAGAAAUUGGAUUAAUGACGACAUUAAAGUGCAAACCUUCUCACAUUCUCUGAAAAUCCCAGGGAUGAAGGAGGAGGAUGAGCCUGAGGAGGAAGAGGAGGAGGAGUUGGGUCAUGCAGAGACUUAUGCAGAGUACAUGCCAAUGAAAUUAAAGAUUGGCCUGCGGCAUCCUGAUCCUGUGGUGGAGACCAGUUCCCUGUCCAGUGUCAACCCUCCUGAUGUGUGGUACAGACUGUCCAUCCCAGAAGAAGUCAUUGAUAAUGGCUGCCUGUCUGCUCUGCAGCUGGAGGCCAUAACAUACGCAGCUCAGCAACAUGAGACAUUCCUCCCCAGCGGUGAUCGAGCUGCCUAUUUGAUUGGAGAUGGAGCUGGUGUGGGGAAAGGCCGGACCAUCGCAGGGAUCAUCUAUGAGAAUUAUCUUUUAGGCAGGAAGAGAUCACUUUGGUUUAGUGUCUCAAACGACUUGAAGUAUGAUGCUGAGAGGGAUCUACGGGACAUAGGAGCUAAAAACAUCCAGGUUCACUCACUGAAUAAAUUCAAAUAUGGGAAAAUCUCCUCAAAACACAAUGGGAGUGUGAAGAAAGGUGUGAUAUUUGCCACCUACUCGUCCUUGAUAGGAGAGAGCCAAUCAGGAGGGAAGUACAAGACCAGAUUUCAGCAGCUUCUCCACUGGUGUGGGGAGGACUUCGAUGGCGUUAUUGUGUAUGACGAGUGUCACAAAGCCAAAAAUGUUUGUCCGAUUGGAUCGUCCAAACCUACAAAAACUGGGCUCGCAGUGUUGGAGCUGCAGAACAAACUCCCCAAUGCUCGGGUUGUGUAUGCAAGUGCUACAGGUGCCUCUGAACCACGAAAUAUGGCCUAUAUGAAUCGUCUGGGCAUCUGGGGGCAUAAAACACCCUUCAGAGAAUUUGGCAACUUUAUCCAAGCUGUUGAGCGCAGAGGUGUUGGCGCCAUGGAGAUCGUAGCUAUGGACAUGAAGCUGAGAGGGAUGUACAUUGCGAGGCAGUUGAGUUUUACAGGUGUAACUUUUAAGAUUGAGGAGGUUCCCCUGACUCCGCAAUAUAUCAACAUGUACAACAAAUCUGUGAGGCUGUGGGUGGAGGCACGUGAGAAGUUCCAGCAGGCAGCAAACCUGAUGGAUGCUGAGCAGCGCAUGAAGAAGUCCAUGUGGGGACAGUUCUGGUCUGCUCACCAGAGGUUCUUCAAAUACCUCUGCAUCGCCUCCAAAGUCCGCAGAGUGGUGCAGCUGGCCAGAGAGGAGGUGCAAAACGGAAAGUGCGUGGUGAUCGGUCUUCAGUCCACCGGAGAAGCCAGAACGCUCGAGGCCUUGGAGGAAGGAGGAGGAGAGCUCAACGACUUUGUGUCAACUGCAAAAGGUGUGCUGCAGUCCCUGAUCGAGAAGCACUUUCCAGCUCCUGACAGACAGAAACUUUACAGCCUGUUGGGUAUUGACCUCUCAGCUAAGAAGACCCCCUCUCCCAGUGAAACCACAGCAAAACCAGAACCCAAGGGCAAGAAAAGAAAAGGGUCAGAGGUCAAAAAGCAGCCGAAAAAGAAGCCUCGCCAGCACGGUGGACUGUCUGGUACCAGCUCGGAGGAGAGUGAUUCGGAGGAAUCGGACAAAGAGUCCGGUAAAGAAAGUGACGACAGCUUCAAAUCUGUCAGCUCAGGGGACGAAGACGACGAUUUCAACCCAUUCAGAGACGAGUCUGAUGACGACGAUGAAGAUGAUCCAUGGCUCAUCAGAAAGGAACCAAAGAAAGGGAAAGAGAAGAAGAAGAAAAAAAAGAGGAGGAAGAGCAUCGAUCCAGACUCCAUUCAAAGUGCCUUGUUAGCCUCUGGGCUGGGCUCCACCAGGCCCGCUUUCACUGCCCCUGUCAUCCCCCCCAGCACACCUGCCAUAGUCAAGGCAGAGAGUCAGGAUAGCUGCCUCACAAGUCAGGAUGCAGUGGAACACGCCCAGCAUAUGAAGAAAGGAUUGCUGGAAAGACUGGAAGAUCUAGCCGAGGAUCUACCUCCCAACACUCUGGACGAGCUCAUAGAUGAACUGGGAGGACCCGAAAACGUAGCUGAGAUGACGGGACGCAAAGGUCGUGUGGUCAGUAACGACGAUGGCAGCAUCACGUAUGAAUCUCGCUCUGAGCUGGACGUCCCCGUGGAAAUCCUCAAUCUGACAGAGAAGCAGAGGUUCAUGGACGGAGAGAAGAACAUCGCCAUCAUUUCUGAAGCUGCCAGCUCAGGUAUAUCCCUGCAGGCCGAUCGUCGAGUGAAGAACAAGCGGCGGAGAGUCCACAUGACACUAGAGUUACCGUGGAGUGCAGACAGAGCGAUACAGCAGUUCGGGAGAACUCACAGGUCAAACCAGGUCACAGCUCCAGAAUAUGUCUUCCUCAUAUCAGAGCUUGCAGGAGAGCAGAGAUUCGCAUCCAUCGUUGCCAAAAGACUAGAGAGCCUGGGUGCUCUCACUCACGGAGACAGAAGAGCGACAGAAACCAGAGAUCUCAGCAGGUUUAACUUUGACAACAAAUACGGCAGAAACGCUCUGGAAAUUGUGAUGAAGUCGAUCGUAAAGCUGGAUGCUCCAUUAGUGUCUCCACCCUCCAACUUUAAAGGAGAUUUCUUCAAAGAAAUUCAGAGUGGAUUGAUAGGCGUGGGCCUCAUAAAUGUGGAGGACAGAUCUGGUGCAAUGUCACUGGACAAAGAUUACAACAACAUGGGGAAGUUCCUGAACCGUAUUUUGGGCAUGGAGGUCCAGCAGCAGAACGCCUUGUUCCAGUACUUCUCUGACACUCUGGCAGCAGUUAUUCAGGAAGCCAAGAAGAACGGCAGAUACGACAUGGGCAUUCUUGAUCUGGGCUCUGGUGAUGAGAAGGUGAAGAAGGUGGACUGCAGGAAAUUCUUAACACCGGGCUACACCACGUCAGGACAUGUGGAACUCUUCACCGUGAGUGUGGAGCGAGGGAUGUCAUGGGAGGAAGCAACGCAUGCUUGGGCAGAUCAGAAUGGACCAGAUGAUGGUUUUUAUGUUCAGAUGAGGAACAACAAGAAAACAGCCAUCCUGGUGAAAGAGGUGAACACCAAGAAGAGGCUGUUCCUGGUUUACAGGCCGAACACUGGCCGACAGCUCAAACUGGAGACGUACGCAGACAUCAAGAAGAAGUUUAAGAAGGUUUUGUCAGAAGAUGCCAAGCAGCACUGGACCGACCAGCACAAGUUGUCAGCAAAGAUCUGCUCUCAUGCAUAUUGGAGAGGGAACUGUAAGAAAGCAGCGGUGGGUCUUCAGUGUGAAAUUGGUCUCCGGUGUCGGACGUACUACGUCCUGUGUGGCUCGGUGCUCAGCGUGUGGAACGAGCUGGAGGAAGUGCUCACCCCGGUCAGUGGAACCAAUGUCAAGGUGCAGAUUGUCCGCCUCAGAACAGAAGAUGGACAGAGGAUAGUUGGACUGAUCAUUCCAGCAAACUGUGUGUCUCCAUUAUGUAACAAGCUCUCCACGUCGGACCAGUGCCAACAGCUCGCUGUGCAGGAGCUGCAGAAACGGCAGCAGCUCCACCCCCAAAGUCUCAGUCAUGUGCCCAACACAUAGUUCGGGGCGGCCCACAUUAAAGCCCAUCUCCACCCCUCGAGUUCACAUCCCAGUUCUAAAGGGAUCUGACCGGUCAGUCCCUGUCUCUGCAAGGCAGGCUCCAGGACCGCUGUCCCUUGUCCUGCGCCCUCACGCCCCCCACCCCCAUUGUCUCUGAGGGUCGGAGCUGUGAUGAUUCUCAGAUGUAAAGCAGUGGUUGUACAGAGAAAAGAUUUCAGGGUCUUUCUUUUUUCUUUUUUUUAAUCUCCAGAGACUUGUUUUCACCUAGAGAGAUUUUGACGGGUGAUGUUUUGUCCUCUGACAUUCAGAGUGAAAAGAUUUGUGAUAUAUUGAUCGAGGCAGAGUAGAAACCUAGAGGGCACGUUCACCUGUGGCUGUCGAGUUAUCCACUCCUCACACAUGCUUUAAGUUGUUCAGUCCAGACUACCUGGUGUGAGGUGAAGACUUUAUCUUGGUUCAGACCAAAGGUGGAUGAGACAAAGAGCACCACGUCUUUGAAAGGCACUUAAUGCUAAACUACAAUCCCAUAUUAGUUAUCAUCACUCCUCAGACAAUAUUCAGCACGGUGACAGAGCAGGAAUUAGUUGUUUCAAGUAUAAAAAGUGAUGCAGAACAUUAUUUAUGUGCUGAUUUUCUGAUGAUCACAGGCCAGAGUCCAGUUGUGACGUAAUCACAGACCAGUUUGUUCUGUCUUUGUUUUGCACAUUAGUCUCAAAUUGAUCAAUCUAUCUUUGUUCCUCUUUGUCCACAUCGUAAGUAAAAUGAUAGGUUCACAGUUUUUUCAAGUCUUAAAACUGAGAACAGCCGUGCAUGAAAUUAUUGUUUUCAAUGGUGUUGUCUCAACAUCACAAGUUAUUUUGUUCUCGGUGAGAAAGCUCGUUAAGCUUGAAAGCUUGAUAAUUUAUCACAAUAAAACAACUUGCCCUCUUGAUCACAGGAUAAUUGAACAGCGGGCAAGUGAGCCUUUGUUUGCGUUUAAUAAUCCUGUGAUCUUGAACACCAAAGUAGUUUUCUCGUGAUGAUUUAUCUCACUAUCUGGAGAUAAUUAUUGGCAAAAAAUGAACCUGUUAUCACGAGAUAAUGAAAUAAUUCACAUGUGAUCUUAACAUAACAGUGUUAAAACACUACUUGCAAGCAUUAAUGUUUUCGGCUUUCCGUCACAUUAACAUUGGAACAAGAUCCGAGCUUUAAUCAUUCCUCCUUUUUAUACCGGAUGGUAAGAGAUCGUUCCUAAUGCGCUGUCAGAGUAGGUGAUGAGGACAAAAUCUGCAGCCCUCUUUUGUGCAAAAUAUUUUCAAAGUUUAUCUGAAAUGAAUACGAGACUUCUUGGCACAAAUUUCCCUCUUUAUGUUGUUUAGCUGCAGCGGACAGACGGUAACAGAGAGGGGCUUUGGACAGGAAGAUGCCCACUAUAUUUAUCAAACCACGACUCCUGAAGCUUCAUAUUAACUUCAGAUAAACUUUUGAAUAUGUUUUUGUACAAAAAGAGAUCUGUGGAAGCAGUUCCACGGCCUCCAGAGCUGCAUAGAGCAGGAGUAGAAGCUCACCGUAGUCCGACAGGGGCAGGUGACCCAGAUCAAAAUGUUAGAGAUUGUCGUCAACAUUGCGGAAGUCAGAUAUGGUGGCCUCCUCCCUGCUAACAGCAUCCAGAUUCAGGCAAACAAUCAAGAUUGAUGAGAGCUCAUGUAAAGAAGAGAGUUGACAAAGGUGUCACAUCGAAGUCAGGUAGUCACGUCAUAGGUAGGUGUGACUCUGUGACUGAAGUCAUCUCCACGCUGUAAAGAAGCAGAAGUCCUCAGGAGAUCUUUUGACAGCUGGUUAGAACAGGAGGAAUGAUUAAAGCAACCAGUGCACCUGACUAUUGUUUUAAAACUGACUCUUAAAGUAGUGAACCUGUAACAGCCGACAGUUAUUCAAAUGUGCCUUUGCUUCCACAGUCAGGCACCUUUACAAAGCACCAACAGGAGUUACUGGUGAAAGAUUUUAGUGUCAGCUGGUCUGGUGAUUUCUAUUUAUAGUGCAUGAAAGUGAGAAAAUAUUUCCCAAAGAUAACAUAGAAACAGUAGUUUUAUUCAGGAGUGAGUCGAGGUUGUGUCAUCAGGAAACAGGCUUUAUUUUCAGACUGGAGUCGACACAGUGUACUUGGCGUUUAUAACCAGUGUUCAGACUAUUAUUAAAUGGUUUAUAGCACACUGUAAUGUAGUUAUGAACAGAUACAAGGAUAUUUUCAACUAUUAAAACCUCCUGUGAAGACAUGUUUUAUAUUAUUACUCCCAGUUGUGUAGUUAAAACAGCAGCCUCCAGUUUUGGGUGCCCACAGGAGGAGUUAUAGCUGUUGAUGCACGGCUACGUUUAUAGUGUGUUACAGCCAUUUAUUAAAUGUUUCUACUUCUGAAUGCUGCUUAUAAAUGCUAAAUAUGGGUUGCAGGAAGGGUUACUGCUAUUUCAGUUGAGCAGUCGUGUUCACGUUUGAAGAACUCUUUCUUUUCACCCGCCUACGAAAAUACUUUUUCUUCUGUAGUUUGUAUCGCAGGUUGUAUAUACGGAAGCCUAGAACGACCGUGCUUGCUUUUAUUUAUUUUUUUUAGUGCUGUUAUCUUGAGAUUACGGGUUAAAUGUAUGUUAAUGCUUGAGGAAACAGGAGGCUGAUUUCUCAGAAUACUGAAUCACAAGAAAACGACUUGCUUCCUUUGAUAUUGGGCGAUAAUAAUACGGAUGACGGCUCGCAUCAACACACUCUCACUCCGUCACAUAUCAACGUUUGGUCAAGUACCCUGCGUGAGUUGGUUGUCCGCCUGCCCCAGUCAGACUUUGACUGCCUUAACUUUGGUCUUUGUCCCGCCGCAUUUUACCCCAUGACGCCGCCGGGCGCUGUUAAAAUAUAACAGCAACUGGCCGCAUAUCAUGCCGACGUUAAAGGACGCCUUCUGUUUUUUGUUGGUUUCUGACGCUGCACGUCACUGCCCAGGCGCCAGAUUAACUACUUCAGAGUGAGAUACAACUUGCUGUAUAAUUAAUUUACGAUCUUGAGGAAACAAGUCAUUUUCUUGUGAUUUAAUUAUCUUGAGAAAUCAGCUUUUGUUUUCUCAAGAAUCAGCAUGAAUUAACCUGAGAACACAAGCUUGGUUAUCUUCAAUCAAACUAAAUAAUCAACUCGUUAUUUUGAAAUAACUGCAUUAAAAAACAGAUGCAAGCACGGCCUGUCUCAGCCUCCAUAUGCACCACCUUUGGUCUUUACCUCGUCUUUGUCUCUAGGGUGAUGUCAGCGGUACCUGUCUGGACUAACUCUCAUUCAAAGGACAAUAAAUACAUUAACAGCAACAAUAAUACAAGCAGCCAAGGACGUGUGAGAAAUGUGAAAUCCUUGACAAAGACCAUCACGUUUUGAUUUUUCUGACAGUCUCCAGCACUGUGCUUUGCUCAUGUCUUUUUAUUUUGUUGCCUUUUUUUUAAAUGGACUUCUGCUCAGGGGUUAAACUCAUACAAAGACCCUCUUUGGAAAAAAAACAGAAAACAAAGAAAAUGUUCAGAGUUUUACAAAGUAUCUGAAAUGCAUGACCAUAACUCAAAAUGCUCCUUGGACACCUCUACUUCAGUCAUGUUCCUCUGUGGCUCCGUGGUUAGCUGUGUUCACAGCUCGUAUCUUCACAGUUCAUGUUUAAAAACACGUCUCUCUGAUUCCUCUGCUGUCUUGAGCCGAGUCGUGAUUAAAAUGGACGACUGCUUUCUGUUGAAUAGUGUACCUCCUCUGUUGUCCUAUAUUGCAUUAUAUUAGAUCUGCACUGGAAGGGACAGACCAAAGUCUGGAUACACAAGCUGUCCUCAUAGCUGAAGAUAAUUAUAAAGAUAGGAUGUGUUUUCUAUCGCAGUUUGCUCAGACACAUCGGUAACCUGUGGAUUAGUUAAUGUUAUUGACUGUGUAUUCUCUUCUGUUCUUGAUUGAUGCAUUUAAAAGCGAGCAAGAUAGGAAGGAAGGAGUCUUUGUAUCAUACCAAUGUGCAUUUUGUACACUUUGUAAAAGGGUUAAAUUCAGUUGGACAGAGGUGGGAGAGGCGUCACUGCAAAGCUCCGCUCUCUGAUUGGAGGUCCAACUUGAAUGUCCACCAUAUAUAAGCCAACAACUCCUGUUUUUAUUUCGUCUUUUCAGAUGUAUUAUAUACACGGGACGCUGACUCGGUAACAUUCUUUUCGAAUGCUGUCACGGCAGAUCGGCUCCUCUGAAGUUCAAACACUUGAAGGACUCUCGUUUUGUUUUUCCUUUCAUCCUUGCACGAGUUGCACUACUGACAGAGUUGUACAAAAAUUCAACAUGACCUGUACAUGAAUGAGUGUGAUGCUCAAUAAAGCUUGGUAUACUUCUACC